AUGCCGCGCCCGGGGCCGAGACCGUACGAGUGCGUCAAGAGGGCCUGGCACAGUGACCGGCACCAGCCCAUCCGUGGAUCCCUCAUUCGCGAGAUCUUCAGGUGGGUGCCUCGGCGUUGGUCUGGAUACCCUUUUCCUUAUAUGGUUAGAUUUUUCUUUUACUCGUUUGUUCCAUGGUGAUCGGGAUCACUCCAUGAACUUUGUCGGAGGGCUGGGGCUUUGAGGGCUCCUCCCUAGCUCUCCUAGCCCAUUAUUCAUUUAUCUUGCCAUUGACCGUCGGGAUGAUCUCAUUGUCCUUCCAUCUCUCUCCGCCCCACUCUCAGGAUAGCAAACGAGAUCCACAGCCCGGCUACACGGAAGAAUAAGGAAUGGCAGGAGAAGCUUCCCUCCGUCGUCUUCAAGGCCGAGGAGAUCAUGUACUCCAAGGCCAGCUCCGAGGUGUGCUAAAGAGGAUAAAAAUGCCUGAGGCAUCGAUCCGCCACGCUCUCUGGUCAAUUUUGCUCAAUUUUUGCUUAUGUUGGUUAGGAUGAAUAUGUGGACCUGAGUAAUCUUUGGGAGCGAGCCAACGAUGCCAUCGACACCAUCAUCCGCAGAGACGACGUCAACGAGAGCGGUAACCUGCUGCUCCCCUGUAUUGAAGGUAACCUCUCCCUCGCCAAGCAUCACUCAACCGCCAUCUGUUCGAGAAGUAUUUGCUUUGGCAGAUGCACAUUCCCUCGUGCUCCAUCUCUGAGUCCGCGCACAUGGCUUGCCCGGUGGACCCUCCAUCUUUUCAUCUACUCUCCAUGUUCACCUUUUUCCCCAUUUCUAUGGUCAGCGGCGCUUACUCUGGGUUGCAUUCCCAGAAGAGCCUCACGAAGUCAACGUCACAGCAACCCAAGGUGUUACUUGAGCUCCGGCACAGAAGAAUCCCUCAGGACCUCCGCAUCUUCUCAAAAUAUCACUGAUGGCAAUAAACCCCUGCUGGGUCCUGUCCCAUAUUCACUGCGACCCUCAAUGAUUGCUUGCCCUGGUAAUCUUCAGGCCGCCAACACUCAAUUCACAUCAUGGUUCUUGGCCACAGACUGUCCUCAAGCAGUGGCAAGUGAUUUCUUUCUAGAAAUGCGAUCUGCUGGUCUAGUCCCUUCGACUGAUCAGAAAGCCUCCAUCCCAAUUUCUUGCCCAGGCUUUCAGUUUAUGACUGACGAUCCUCCCCUCUACAAGAUGGACAAAACCCUGUUGGGCUCCUGCGAACAAGUAAGCUGUGGUCGUGUGUAUCCCUUGUAUUACGGUACCCCCAAUCAGAACGUGGAAUCCUGUUCUUCCUUUCGAGAGCCCUUGGACUCAAGCUGCAAUGGCAUGACCGUUGGUGGUGUUCCCUAUGGUUCAUCUGCCGGGCAGAUUGGCGGGAAGACUUUGCGGGGUAGUGAUAAGGGCCGCAGUGCUCAGAAUGAACCGUCAAAUCUAAGGGAUAAACCUGAGAUUAUAGCCGAUGGGGAAUGUGACUUGUCACUACACUUGAGUCUGCCAUCUACAACUUCCACGGGUGCGGACCACCGUUGGGCUCCUGAAAUCGAAGACAUGGGAUCAAGUAGUUCCCUUGAUGGUAGCAAGUUCCACGAGAUGCCCCAAAAUCAAGUUAGAGCCGUUAACUUUGAGUGUCGGUUCUCAUCUCCCCAAAACCACAACGGGCUAUUUUUUAACCCUCCUGAGGUGCCUGGUGAACCACUGGAGUCCUGCUCCAGCAAGCGGAGCUUUGAGGAUGAAGAUGCUCUCUAUGUGGAUACUUUGGACAGGAGACGCAGGGCUCUACAUGAUGAUUCUGUUGAUUAUGGUCAUUUUCGGUUGAAGCAGAGACCUCCACCUGGCCGGCUGUUCCACAGAUCUGACAGGCGUGGCUCUUAG